UCUGAUAAGUGGGUUAUGUCGUGUAGCGUUAGGACAAAUUCCUUCGAUUGGUAUUUUGUGACAGACCCAUGUCAAUCGCGUGUUUUUACAAAUAUUAUUCUAAUUAUAGGUAGCUAAAUAGAUCGUUUGCGAAAUGGAGGUAAAUUUAGGCUCUCGAUCUCCCAGAGAGGAGGGAGAGCUUGAAGAUGGGGAAAUUUGCGACGACGAAACUGAAGAAAAGCUGCUAACACAAGAAGGCAUGAGGCCUAGAAAUGCUAACUCGACACGGUGUAAUCGGAAAUCCAAAGGUCCGGUACGAACACUGCCUCCUAUGAUGGGCUCCCCAGCGCAAGAUUUCCGUGUGAUGAUGCCCUUUAACGUUAAUCGCGGACCCCACUUGCAUGGCCCUUUCCCCCCUAGCCACAGACAGCAGAUUGGACCUAGUGGACCAGACCGAUUGUUGCCAGGGCAGGACUGCAAUCCUAGUCCGCGAUCCAGCUUUUGGGAACGCAGUCAUCACACGUUAGGCAGACUACGAAAUCGUGCUAACGUUAAAACGAUAAAUGAGGGACGAGGAGACUGGGCCCGUGGAGGCAGAGGAGAUGGCGGUGGGGGUCCGAGGGAGAAUGGCCGGCCUCCCGUGAGUCGGUAUGCCUUUGGUGACAGUCAGUAUGCCUUUGGGGACAGUCAUUUAAAUAGAAAGGUAUCUCCCCAGAGAAAACAAAAGCCAUUUGGAAGAAACCAGAUAAGAAAGCAAGCUUACAGUGCACCAAAGACCGAGAAUGGUGUCGAAGAGAGCUUUGAGGAUUUGCUCAUCAAGUACAAGGAAAUCCAGCUCGAACUGGAGUGCAUCCGUAAGCAUACCGAAGCAGCUUCUAGUGUUACUACCUCCCCAGAUGCAGAAGUAGAGACAGAGACCGCUGAUGUUGAGAAGGAGACCAACACCUCAGAGCAGCCACAAGAUCCCGAACAGCAACUGGAGGAAGAAAAGGAGGAGGAGAAGAAAGCCUUCCAGGCCUUCAACAUCAAGCCCCUGAGACAGAAGCUACUGACACCAGCUGAGAGGGAUGCCCUCAACUCCAAGGUGACCAACGAGCCAGAGAAGAAAGAGGAGGAACCCAGUGCUGUAGAAGAAACCACAACAGUCAAAGCAGAAGCAGAAGUAGAGGAUGAUGAAGAUGACACUGAGUCAGAUUUCAACAUAUCCUGUUUGUCCAGCGCAGAAACCUCCCUACUGAAGAAGGGGAAGGAGAAAGGUCGGGAUGAGGAUGACGAGAUGUCGGAGCUGCAACUGCGGCUGCUGGCCCUGGAGUCGGCCAGCAGGAAGUGGCAGCAGAAGGAGCAGCAGGUGAUGAAGGAGAGCAAGGAGAAAAUCAACAAGGCCAAGCCCUCGCAGAGCGCCAGCCCCCAGGAGCGCUCCAAAAUGGUGACCAGGUCUAGCGCUGGCACCGCCGCCCCCACCAAGCCCCAAGAAAAGGGGAAGCCUGGUGCCGAUAAGAGCAAAGCUGGCACCAAGGCGCACGCCGCAGGGAAGAAGGCCAUCAGCCCUGCAGGUUCGGCGGCGAAGCAGGCAUGGAGGAAGCAGCAGCUGCGGGCGUGGAAGCUACAGCAGCAGCGCGAGCAGGAGGAGCAGCAGCGCCGGCGACAGGAGGAGGAGGAGGAGGAGCGUCGCAAGCGGGAGGAGGAGAUCCGCAAGAUCCGCGACCUCUCCAACCAGGACGAGCAGUACAACCGCUUCAUGAAGCUCGUGGGCGGGAAGCACCACCCACGCAUCAAGUCUGUAGAUAAUGAACACAGGAAAUCCCUGAGCAAACAGGGAUUGGACACCUCAGGGAACCUCUACCAGUAUGACAACUACGAUGAAGUUGCCAUGGACACAGACAGUGAGCCCGAGUCGCCAGCCUCGUCCCCAGUGUGCGAUCCCUUCCCUGCCGAGAUGGCCACCUGUGUUCCUCACUUGCCUGCAUUUCCCCUGCACUCGACGCCACCCGGAAUGGAACUGGGCCCACAUUUCCUGGACCAGUUCAGCCUCGUCCAUCCUGUGCCCCCUCCGCCUCUGCCCCCAAUGCCCCCUCCAGACGAGCUGGAGCGGCCUCCCAAGCCCCCGUUUGCGGACGAGGAGGAGGAAGAGGAGAUGCUACUGCGUAAAGAGCUGCUGAAAUCUCUGGCCAGCAAACGAGCAGUCAAGCCAGAGGAAACUGUGUUGAGUCACAGUGGGCCACCCUCUCCCCUGGUCAGACCAAGCCAUUUGCUGAUGGCCAGGAGCAACCUGACAGCGGUCAGCCUAAACACGGUCAUCCCACCACCCCGCCACCCCAGCAGCAAGUUUGCGCGGGGCAACCUAGCACCCCGAGCCCCACUGGUGUUGCCCAGGCACAAGGCAGUGGUGGUGCAGCUGAAUGACUCGGACGACAGCGACUCCGACUUUGAAGCCAGCAAUUCCCCCGCUCCCUCCCAUAGCAUCUUUGGAGGCCUAGAGUCCAUGAUUAAAGAAGCCCGCAGGACUGUUGAGGCAACAAAGCCUAAAGGUUAUAAAUCGGAGAAGGAGAACAAUCCCAUCCGAAUGCUACCUGAUGCCAAGAAACCGGAACAUUUCUGGAAGGAUGAGCUUGCAAGUCGGGAGAAGCAGCGGAUGUCCAGACUGGAUGCUAUGAAAGUUCCGUCUCCGGUCGGCUCUGACUCCGAACUUGAUGCUGCAGGCCAUGCUGCCACACUUCGGCUCGCCGAGGCAGAGGACAAGUUAGCCAAGCACCGGACGCAGCUGGAGAAGGACGAGGGCCUCCUGAAGCAGCUCCUGCAGCAGGAGCUAAAGAAGAAGGAGUUCCUCCGCGCUGCCGAGACCAAGGUGGUUAAGCUCCGCGAGCAGCUCCUGGCCUCUGAGAAGAUUGUCAGCGCCAACCGUGUACUGCUGAAGAAACUCCAGGAGCAGAUGUUGCGCGUGCAACACCGCAUCAUGCUGAAGAGGCAGCAGGCUGUGAAGCUGAAGAGAGACGUGGCCCAGGCCCAGGAGUCGACACACGGUGGCACGCUGAAGCGCAAGAACGCCUCGCCGCACUACUCGCCUGGUAAGAUCCCCCGCACCGCCUCCGAGCGGCACUUUGCUGACCUGAUCGCCCAGAAGAAGUGGCUACAGAAACUGGAGUCUGAGUACGCGCUGCGGAUCCAGAAGCUGAAGGAGGCGCAGGCGCUGCGACAGCAGGCCGAGCACCAGCAGCGGACUGCCCCUCCCCAGCGGCCGCCGCUCCCCGCCGGCCCCUUCCCCUUACCCCAGCCCUCCCUGCACGACCUCACUCAGGACAAGCUGGAGCUGGGCAGCGAGGACCUGGAACCCGACGACGACGAGCAGCAGCCCUCCUUCACCACGGCUUCGUCCAGCAGCCCCGUUCUGGCCUCCUCCGGUACCGCUGCUGCUGCUGCGGCCACCCCCUCCACCCCCACCACCCGCCGACGCUCCUUCCGUGACUCGGGCACCUUCACCAAGCCCAAGCUUGCGGUCCCCAAGGCCCUGCAGACGUCCACCCCUGCCAAGGAGGGCCUGGCCAAGCCUGCCAAGCCCACCAAAGGCAGUGGCGCUGGCGGCCCUGACCUGCCGGAGCUCUACCUGGGGCUCAGCGUGGAGGAGCUAAAGCAGAGGGACCAGAUGGCUGCUACUCUGGAGAAGCUGCUGCAGAGCGAACUCACUGCACUAGGGGGCGCUGUGACGGAAAGGCUUCCUUGUGGAAAGGCAAUACAGGUCGAUGUGGACCCGCUGACCACGCCAGCCAGCCGUGUGGAGUUGAAGCCAGUUCCCUUCGGAGCAUAUCACAGUCCACUGUUGGCUUUCAAGUCAUACAGGUUCAGCCCAUACUUCAGAACAAAAGAGAAGCUGUCACUCAGCUCUGUGUCCUAUAGCAACGUCAUUGAGCCAAAAAAGUUCUUCUGUCGCUUUGACCUUACGGGCACAUGCAACGAUGAUGACUGUCGGUGGCAGCACAUGAGGAACUGUACGUUAACUGGAAACCAGUUGUUCCAGGAUAUCCUUUCCUACAACCUCCCUUUGAUAGGCUGUUCAGAGAACAGCAGCACAGAUGAGAUCAGCUUGGCCACAGAAAAGUACAUCAAAAAGCUGUUCGGCACCAACAGAGAUCGCAUGGGGACGGAUCAGAAGGCAGUUCUGCUCAUGAGCAAAGUGAAUGAGAGCAAAGGCCAUGUUCCUCCCUUCACCACCUGCAAGGAGAGGAGGAGUUGGAGGCCUGAGCCGCAGCGACCACCCCCGGUGGACGAGCCCUCGGACAAGGAGGAGGAUCUGCUGGAGGCCCCCACUCCGAGCCAGUAUGAGGCGCGCACACAGGCCAACCUGUUGGCUCUAGACGUCUGCAUCAACCCCGACGACAAGCGGUACUUUGACAGCGAGACGGACGACAUCUCCAACCUGGAGACCAGCGUCUUAGAGAGCCCCAAGGAUGUGCAGCUGUGGAUCAAGCUGGCCUUCAAAUACCUCAGUCAGAAGGAAAUCUCUGCGACUGAGCGUCUGGACGCGGCGUUGAACACCCUGUCGCGCGCGCUGGAGGAUAACCGGGCCAACCCGGAGGUGUGGAGCCACUACCUGACACUCUUCUCCCGCCGCGGCAGCAGCGAGGAGCUGCAGGAGAUGUGCGAGAUGGCCGUGCAGCACGCGCCCGACUACGACGUCUGGUGGACCUACAUGAACAUGGAGAGCGCAUUCGAGGGGAAAGACUUUGUCUGCGGGCGCAUGCUGCACUACCUGGUGCAGACAGCAGAUGGCGGCAGCGAGGAGCUGCGUUCGUUCCGCCUGCUGGAGUCCCUGCUGUACCGCGUGCAGCUCAGUCUGUUCACAGGCCGACAGCAGAACGCUCUGGACAUCCUACAGAACGCACUGAAGUCUGACGGGGAGCAGAGUCUGGCUGCACACUUGACCGCUUCGCACCGGGCUCUGGCCUGGCUCUGCCGCAUCCACACCACCGAGUUCGGACGGCUGCCCCAGGGCCUGUUCGACCCGGCCAACACCAGCCCGUCGCGGCUGGUCUGCACCAAGCCCGCGCCCCUCCCCUGGAGCUCCGUGUCCGAGCUGCGGACACCAGCCGACCAGCUCAUCGGCCUGUUCCAAGACGCUAUUAAGGGCUGCUCAGAGGAGGCCUCGCCCCACAGCGAGGAGCCAUCGCCAGUGCUCUCGCUUCACGCCAACCUUGUCGCCCUCUACCGCCAACUGGACAGGCUGGACGAGGCGGCGGAGCUCUGUGAGCGUGUGCUGUCGGAGGCGCCCGACUGCUGCCCUCUUCUGGACGGCUUGGCCGAGGUGCACCUGGCGCGGGGGGAGGAGCAGCGGGCGUUGGCUGUGUGGCUCGAGGGCCUUAGGCACCGGCCGCACAGCGCCGAGCUCCUCUACCACACCUGCAAGUUCCUGCUGCACCGAGAGCAAUCCAGUGCCAUUGCCCCAUUGUUUCGGGAAUUCAUGUUAUCCAUGUGUGAGCCAGAUCAAACUAAACUGUGCCCAGUUGAUGUACUAUGUCACCUCCUGGGGAUCCCCAGGGAGGACCUCCUCCUCUUCCCCCGCGUCAAGGCCUCCCUGCAGGGGACGAUUGACCAGCAGCUGCCCUACCUCAGCCUCGUCCACUGCACAUGGCAGUCGGUGCAUGGCGGCAUUCCCGAGGCCCUGGACGCCUUUGAGAGAGCCCUCGGCACCGCCACCAAGCUGGAAGUACUGCAGAAGAUCUGGCUGGACUAUCUGCUCUUUGCCAGCAGCAAGCUGAUGGGUCCUCAGCCUGCCGCCCGUGACCUGAAGCUGUUUGGCGACCUGGUGCAUCGCUGCCUGGUGUCGGUGCCCACGCGCCUCACCAUGCCCUUCAGCUCCACCCGCUACUGGAGCUGCUUCGACUUCCACAACCAGGUGAUUUCCUUCUACCUGGGCUGUCUGCCGCAGGCCCAGCACCUGGCCGUUCUGGAAAGGCUGAGGCAAUCCAUGCCCUCUAACCCGCAGCUGGCCAUCAGGUUGCUGGAGCAGGAGCGGCGCGACGGCAGCAUGGAGCAUCUGCGCUUCCAGAGCAGAGGGCUGUACAGCAGCCUGCCCAACUGUCUGGCCAACUGGAAGAUAGCUAUUGCUGUGGAGAGGGAGCAGAAGGGAAAAGCUGAGGUGCGCCGCCUCUAUCAGCAGGCCCUCCAAAAGCUGCCACUGUGCGCCACUCUGUGGAAAGAUCGCCUGCUGUUCGAAGCUGCUGAAGGAGGUAAAACUGAUACACUGAAAAAACUUGUUGACAAGUGCCAAGAGUUGGGAGUGAGUCUGACUGAGGUGCUAAGCUUAGGCCCGUGCAGAGCGGCAGGAUUGGAGCACUGAACAGCCCCCCCACCCUCCCCCCCACACCCCCACCCUAUGCUCUUUACAGCUCAAGAUUUUGAAUACGGCCAAUUAAACCCACUCACAAAUUCCACCCACUCUCCAUUUCCCUUGCACCCCCCUCCCCCUAAAACAAUAAAGAAAAUAGACAAAUUAAGGCACAACAGAUCGGCUGUAGGUUAGCGAGGCCUAACUUGGCCAGUUUGUCAGACCUCCCAGAGCAGUGUUGUUUUCUCGCCGGGGGCCCACGACGUGAGCGGGCGAGCGUGUGCGCGAAGGCCAGAGGGUGGCUGGAGGCUCCCAAACAGGGGAAGACUAUGAACUCUCCGUGGCCUCUAAGAGCCAAACACAGGGCCUCUUUUGUCACCUUUGACAUCAUGUACGUAAGUAUUGGAAAUCUGAUGACACCUGUUGCUAUCCCCCCCCCCCCCCCCCCCCCAACUCCCCAACCCUCUUCACCACCACUCCCCCUCCCCCCACCCUCCCUCCCUCCCCUCCCUUCUCUGCAAAUCUGUGUGUUCCUUUUUUGUUUGUACGUGUCACUUUUAAUUUGGUUUUUAGUUUGUUUUGUUUUACAUAGCGUUUUACCCUUUUUACCUGGGGUCAAGAGUUGUUGGACCACUGCGGCACUCCUGACUUGUGAAAUUUAAGUGUUUUCAAGAGAAUGGCUGUGGGGGGAAAAAGAAGCAAAAAAAAAAACCCCUCUUCCCUUUCUCAUCCUGCUUUUUUUUCCACCUAAAACUAUAACUGUCUCCGAAGGGAGCUAGAUUGACGUCAUCAUUUCUCGACCUGGUUUUAGUAGAUUAGGAGAAAACCAACUGCAUAUUUUGUUGUCAUACAAAGACGAUGGCUGCCUUUGGAGUAUUACAUUUGGCUGAUCAUUGUGUUUCUUCGAGACUAUACUGCUGAGACUGCCCAAUUGGUGGUGAUCUCCAACCUGCAAGGAAUUGGCCCUCAAAAAUGUGUCUAGACCAGGACGGUUCCAAGUAGUCUAUAUGUUCAUGUGCAAUUUUGGUUUUGUUCAAAUAUAUAUAUAUAUAUAUAUAUA